AUGUCUUCCGCCCCGGAAUGGCUGCGAUUUACAGGACAUCGGUCCUUUGCGCAACGAUUAGUACUGUCCACCCUCACGGGACGACCCGUCAAUAUCUCCAAAAUCCGCAGUUCGUCGCCGACACAUCCAGGUCUUGCGCCGCAUGAGGUUUCUUUCCUCCGACUCCUCGAAGCUGUUACCAAUGGUAGCUCUGUGGAGAUUUCAUACACCGGUACCACGAUCAGGUACAACCCCGGUCUGAUCACCGGCACAAUUGCUGGGUUUGGCGCAUCCGAAGGCGACGUCAUCGAGCACAGCUUGCCGGCAAACAACAAGCGCGGCGUCACAUACUUCCUCCUGCCACUCUGCCUCCUUGCGCCCUUCUCCAAAGCCCACGUCAACGUCCGCUUUAUGGGACCGGGUGUCAUCACCUCUGCGACUGAGACCGGCGACAUCUCUGUCGACUCCUUCCGCACAGCUAUUCUACCUCUCUUCGGUCUAUUUGGAAUCCCACCGGCGCGAAUUGAAUUGAGGGUUCUGCAACGAUCUUGCCCUGGAAAGGGUGGCAGAGGUGGUGGAGGUAUUGUCGAGCUCCGAUUCGCUAGCCAGGUCCGACUUCCGAAAACGCUUCAUCUGAACCGAAAUCCCGGCAAGAUCAGGAGGAUACGAGGUGUCGCAUACUGCACAGGAGUUUCAGCGUCCAACAACAGCAGAAUGAUCCACUCCGCGAGAGAGGUCUUGAACGCAUUGGUCUCAGACAUCCACAUUGCGGCUCAGUACGACCAGGCGCCGCUCAUUGAGGCGGCUGAUAAGUCCAAGACGCGGACAGGUAUUGGAUUUGGCUUGAGUUUGGUCGCCGAAUCGAGCUCUGUUGGCGUCCUCUACUCGGCGGAUGUUGUCGCGCCCCCAGUGGGUGGUGUCGUGCCUGAAGAUAUCGGAAAGAACUGUGCCUACCAGUUGCUGGAGAAUAUUGCACAGGGAGGAUGUGUCAGCAUGUCGUCUGCCAGCACGGUAUUGACGAUGAUGGCCAUGGGCUCCGAGGAUGUGGGCAGAUUGAGGAUAGGGAAAGAGGUCAUAGGUACGGAGGAGAUGGUUGGCUUGGCCCGGGACUUGCGAACGUUUGGCGCAAGCAGUUGGGGUUUGAGAGACGUGGACGACGACGAUUCGGGUGACAUUCUUGUUUCUGUAAAGGGCAGCGGUGUGGGUAAUGUUGGUCGCAAGAUUGCGUAA